ACCACAUGUAGAACACUCAGUAACUCUGCAGGCCAGACUUAGCUGGUCUCCUUUGGGGAUCUAAAAACACAUGACGGCUCCCUGCGGGCGACCCCUUUAAACACAUGAGAGGGAAGGAACACAGACAAACCAUGAAAAAGAUAUACAUUGGCAAAACUGCCUUAAAAGUUCCCCGAAAUGGCGGCAAACAUCCCAAAAAGAGCUCACUGCUGGAGCAGAAGGAGGACUUAAGGAAAAGACUUUCCUACACAACACACAAGCUGGAGCUGCUGCAGAGCGAGUUCGACUCCACGCGGCAGUACCUAGAGACGGAGCUGCGCCGAGCACAGGAGGAGCUGGACAAGUUUACUGAUAAACUGCGCAGAAUACAAAGCAGCUACUCAGCACUGCAGAGGAUCAACCAAGACCUGGAGGAGAAGAUCCACAGAGAUUCUCAGCAUCAUGACGACGAGAAGCGAGCUCUGAGCAGAGAGAUCAUCGUCCUCAACAACCACCUGAUGGAGGCCAAGCUCACCAUCGAGAAGCUCCGAGAAGACAAUGAUGUGUACAGGAAGGACUGUAACCUGGCUGCUCAGCUUCUCCAGUGCAACAAAUCUCUGUACAGGGCCCAGCUCUCUGAGCUUCCUGCUGAUUUCCAGGAGCGCCUAACCCUGCACAUGGAGGACUCUCCUCUCUGUCACACCUACUCCGACUCUGUCUCAGCCUCACUCAUAGCCAAAGUCCUUGAGAAGCCAGAUGAGGCCUGCAGCAGCAGCCAAGCCUCCCGCUCCCCCAGUCCUCAAACCCAGGAACACACUUUCAUCUUGGAACGCCUGGGACCGGGAGAGCGUCUGGGGCUCCGUGCUGCCUACAAAUCAGACCUGUACAGCAGCGACACGGCUCUGUACUGCCCUGAAGAUCGGCACCGUGAGCGCAGGCCCAGCAUGGACCUCCACGGUCAGAGAAAGCUGCUGUACGGACCCCAAAACUCCACCGACAGCAACCCAGAGGAGGGCUCAGUAGGGUUAAGGGCCGGGUUCUCACAGGAACACUUUGCCAAAUUCCCUCCACCUCUUGGCGCAGGAUCCAGCUCCUACUCCAGUUUCAGCGGAGGGGGGUCUGAAGACAAAGGCAAUGGCCCGCCCAGCAGUGCUGCUUCAUCCCCACACCACCACUCCCUCUACAUGGAGUGGAGAGAUGCAGGAGAUUAUGAGAGGAAGAGUGACUCAUCCUGGGAGAGGGACAGCCCGAGAGGCUUUGCCAACGCUCAUCCCUUCCAGCAGACAGAGCUGAGCCACCACCAGAACGGCAGCUCACCCGUCUACAGCCGCACCAUGUCGUCCUGUUUCAGCGAGCCCUACGAGCCGCUCCCGCCCUCCUCAUCCCCGAGCGUGGCCUAUGGAGACAGCCGUCGAGGCAGCACUUUGGCCCCCGAGGAGGAGGAGCUGAUUGGAAGAUGGAGGCAGCUUAGCGUAGAGGACCUGAGCGCCCACUCGUACCGCAGCCCCGGCCGAGCUUCCCCCUACAGCUUCUCGGAGCAGCACUUCUCCGUUCGGCCGGCAAAGAUCCGGCUCGGGCCGCUCUACAGCAGCUUCCAGGAAGGGGCUGAUCUCUACCAUCAGGCAGGCGGUGCAAUGGAUUCUGGGUGGGUAGCUGCAAGCCCUAGUCCUGAAUGCAGCCCGGGUUUAGGGCAUGCUCACAGCCAAGCCCACUUGUACCGGGCUGAGGACAGUCAGGGGUCCGAGCACAGCCUUUACCACUCAGGGUCCAGCUCCAAAGAGAGGGAGGGGCCUGUGGCAGCUGGAGGGCAGAGCGCGGAUUACGUAGACCCCAGCCCCAACAGCUCCACCGAGUCCCUGAACCAGAGGACCCUGGAGAUGGCGGCAGAGCUGCAGCACUACCAGGUGGAGAUGCACAGCCUGCCCCCACAGGUGAGCCAGUCCCCGCCACCGGUCCCAGCCCCUCCUCCUCCUCCGUAUAACCCCAAAUUUGGCUCCCUGGGACUUUCCAGAAAGGACAGUCUGACCAAGGCACAGCUUUAUGGAACUCUUCUAAACUGAAGGACUUCAUGUUCAGGUUUUUCUCUUUCAUAGGAGGCUAGAUGCAAGGUCCCACUGCACCUUCUGUUAGCGCAAUCACUUUGAUAGAAAAUGGUCUGAAUAGCAGCCAGAGGGCGAGUUAUUCGGUAUAAUGAACAUAUAACUUUUGCUGAAUAUUUAGAAGCUUUGAUUGGAUGGGAGUGGAAACAGUUUACACAAAAAUCCCCCCCGAGCAAGUAAAUCAUGUUGCAAGAGUCGGCUGUGAAGCCUGUGAAACUUGUAAGAAUGUUAUGUAUUUCAACUACAAAUGUAAAAAUAUAUACUUAUAACUGAAAUCAAGUGAUAUAUUUUGUAUGUAGCUGUAAGAGAAAACUACAUCAGAAACAAUAAAAAUGGAGAUCUUCUUGAUAAAGAUGGAACGUGUACAUACAUUUAAAAGCUGCCAUUCCUAUAUUUGAAAAUCAGAGACGUGUUUUAAUGGUAAACUGGUGCCCGUAUAAUCUGCACACACAUCUGUUUCAGUCGUUCUUUUCAACCGACUGAAACUGUGUGAGGAUUUAAAUAUGAAUGUUCAUCAUUGGAAGAACACAAAAACAAAUGAUUUGCUUCACUGAGACUUUUUUUAAUCUUCUGUUGGUUGGUUUUGACAGUAUUGGUGGCUGUGUUAUGUUGUUAUCGAUGGAACGUUUUGAGAUCUGUCUUAGCAGUCAGUAUUAUUUUAUAUUUUCGCUCUCCUAUAUUUCACGGAGAGGUUUUUCUGCCCCCAGUCUACCUCAGAUUUGGAUGCCCACACCCCACAUGAAGCCACUGUAACCCUGUUUUAUUUGAUGACGAUGCAUGAUUCUAUAUUUUGGUUGUUUUGUUCGCAUAAUAAAGCACAAAUUACACAUGUAA